AUGCUAACAUCCACUUCGGUGUCUACUUCAGCACUUUCGACAUGCGGUGAAUCUGCGAUGCGACUAUCUAGCCUAAUACGAUCUCAUCACCGUUCAUUCCAUAGCUCCAUCUCGGUAGCCAAGACUCCCGAUGUCUUCGAAAAUAACCUUCGAAAGACCCUAGAGGCCCAUCGAUCUACAAAUCGGGCGCGUCUGGUCCGCAAAAUAUACCCAAUCAAGGACCCUCCUGGCCUCUGGCGACCUGAGAUCCCACCUCAGAGUCGCGUCGGCUAUCAACCCCCCGUGGAACCAGCUCUACCAUCUUCAGAAUAUUCACCUGAUACCUCCGAACCGGCGCCCAAGAAACGCCAAAACAAGCAGAAGAACAAACCAGAUGAAUCCUUUCGUCGGUCACCCCUGUCCAGACUUGAAGAUGCCAUUAAACCUGCAGGAGAAGGACCGGCACAGACUCCAUGGUUGAACAAUCUAGAGCUACCUCGCGCCAACGCCAAAAUAGUUCUAGACACAGAGAUUCGAGCAUUGGAUAAAUAUUUAACCCCAAGUGCCCAGGAACAAUCUCAAAUAGAGAAAAUCAGGGCAGAGGUAGCCUCACUCCUUGAAAGAGUAGUUCCGCAUGCACCCCGAGUCAUUGGAUCCCACUGCACCGGAUUGGCUCUGGCACACUCAGAUCUCGACUUCAUUCUACCAUUCGAAGACCUCCCACGAUCACCAGAGCGCGAUCGAAGGCCAAGUCCAACUAGACCUCAAAUCCAAGAUGCCCAUAUCCGCCUUCUCCGGCAGGUCGAGAGAGCUUUACAGCAUAUUGAAGCUUUCGGCGGCCAGGUUUAUCUAUCAGAUAAACGAAAUCCAUCACUAUCUGCUCGACACCGGUCAACGGGACUGCUACUGCAGUUCUACUGCGGCGAGGGAAUCCCUGCUAUCACGGAAUGCUUGCAGGGUUACCAAACCGAAUACCCUUCUCUCAGACCGCUGUAUGCAGCAACACGCACACUGCUAGAAGCCCGUGGGCUCUUCGGUGCGUCACAUGCAAGCAUUAGCCCCGAUGCGCUGGUCGUGCUCAUUGUGGCUUUCCUAAAGAUGAACCAUGGCCGCCUCCCCAGUUCCAAUAACCUAGGCGACCAGCUCCUUGCUCUCCUGCAGUUCUAUGGCACUGAUGUCGAUUUGCAGACCGUGGGUGUCACCGUCAACCCCCCUGGUUUCUUCGGCCCCGGCAUGCUCGUGCCAUCUGGCGUCGAGGAAUCAGCCCAACAGCGCGGCCAGCGAUCUUUCAUGAGUGCCAAGCGCACUGCCGCGGCAAAGGGAAAUACACUUGUUGCGAACCAUUUGUGCAUCCAGGACCCAACUCAUUGCCUGAAUGACCUUGGUCGUUCGUGUACACGCACGUCUGAGUUGCAAGGUGCUUAUGCGGCUGCGUAUGAGCAGCUUCGUCACACGUGUGAUAGCUGGACGGAAAAUGGGAAGAAGAGCUCGAGCGUUCUUGCGAGUGCUCUGCGAGCCAACUUUGAUGGCUUGGAGAAUCUGCGUGGUCAGAUUAUAGGUCACUAG